AUCCUGUCCUGUCUACCUCUUAAUGGUCACUCAGUGUCUGGAGCCGAUAUAUCUGUCAUGGUUACUGCAGCUUUCUGUAUUCUACGAGGUGGGACAGAACUUUAGUAUUUCUUAUUGAAAUAUUCUGGUUCCUGUAAUGGUUCUGUCCUUAGCGACAUGUUAAUGUCUUGGCCUGUACUGUCGUGUAGAACUCCUGAAUUCUCAUGGUCAUGUGUCACCUGUAACCUUCACAGAAUAGACGCCCCUUCCUUGCUGUCACAGCUGUGCUCCGUUCUCCCAGGAUACAAACGUUCCUGUGCCCGUGCCACAAUGCAUGCCCGGUUGCUGUCGGGGCAUCUUCAGCGGCAUGGCUGGCGAUGUAUUUGUUCUCCCCAGCGAGCAUCAUCCUCAGAUGUGCAGCCUUUGCCCUCUCGUGCCCAAGUGGUCAUCUGUGGUGGAGGAAUAAUGGGGGCUUCAGUUGCAUACCACCUUGCCAAGCUGGGCUGGCAUGACAUCUUGUUAUUGGAACAAGGAAGGUUGGGGGCUGGUUCCACGCGAUUCUGUGCCGGCGUGGUUAGCACCGUGAAACAUAUCUCCAUAGAGACAGAGAUGGCCAACUAUUCCAAUACACUGUACCAGCAGCUGGAGCAGGAGACUGGAGUCCCCACAGGGUACACACGGACAGGCUCCAUCUCACUAGCCCAGACUCAGGAUCGGCUGAUCUCCCUAAAGCGCAUGGCGUCCAGACUAAGAAUGAAGGGGAUUCCCUGUGAGAUUAUCACUCCGAAACAGGUUGAAGAGCUCCACCCCCUUAUUAAUAUUCAUGACCUGGUUGGGGCUAUGUAUGUGCCUGAAGAUUCCGUGGUGUCCACCGCUGACAUCACACUCGCAUUUGUAAAGUCUGCUCAGAAACAAGGCGCCCAGGUCCAUGAACAUACCAGCGUAAACCAUGUGCUUGUGGAGAAAGGUCAUGUUACUGGCGUAGACACAGACCGGGGGCAGGUGGAGUGCGAGUACUUUGUAAACUGCGCCGGACAGUGGGCCUAUGAGUUGGGUCAGUCCAAUGAGGAGCCAGUCAGCAUUCCUCUCCAUGCCUGUGAACAUUUCUACCUCUUGACCCGCCCCCUGCGCACUCCUCUACAGGACAGCGCCCCAACUAUCGUGGACCCUGAUGGAAGGAUUUAUAUUCGCAGCUGGCAAGGGGGGAUUCUGUCUGGGGGCUUUGAAAAGAAUCCAAAACCCAUCUUCACCGAAGGCCGCAACCAGCUUGAGAUUCAGAACCUACAAGAGGACUGGGACCACUUCGAACCUCUGCUCACGGCGUUGCUCCGACGCAUGCCCUCCCUGGAAGCGCUAGAAAUACUGCGUCUAGUGAACUGUCCUGAAUCCUUCACCCCUGACAUGCGCUGUGUGAUGGGGGAGAGCCCCAACAUGCUGCGUUAUUACACCCUGGCUGGAAUGAACUCCCAAGGGUGCUCGCUUGGAGGGGGAGCCGGGAAGUUCCUGGCAGAAUGGAUGGUCUAUGGGUAUCCUCAAGACAAUGUUUGGCCCCUGGACAUAAAGCGUUUCGGGGCCCUACAGAGCAGCAGGACAUUUCUGAGACACCGAGUGAUGGAAGUUAUGCCUCUGAUCUAUGACCUGAAGGUGCCACGUUGGGAUUUCCAAACUGGACGACAGCUGCGCACUUCUCCCCUGUAUGACCGGCUAGAUGCCCAAGGUGCCCGAUGGAUGGAGAAGCACGGCUUUGAGAGAGCAAAGUACUUUGUACCGGCUGGAAAAGACCUGCUGGCCCUUGAUCAGAGUAAGACGUUCUACAAGCCGGACUGGUUUGAUAUUGUUGGCACGGAGGUGAAGUGCUGUAAGGAGGCUGUCUGUGUGAUAGACAUGUCGUCCUUCACCAAGUUUGAGAUCAGCUCUCCCGGGGACCAGGCUCUAGAUAUCCUGCAGUACCUCUUCUCCAAUGACCUAGAUGUCCCUGUUGGGCAUAUCGUUCACACAGGAAUGCUGAAUGAGAGGGGAGGAUAUGAGAAUGACUGCAGCAUAGUGAGGCUCAACAAGCGCUGUUUUUUCAUGAUCUCCCCGACGGAUCAGCAGGUUCACUGUUGGUCAUGGUUACGGCAGCACAUGCCCAGUGACAGUAAUUUGGUUCUAGAAGAUGUAACCUGGAAAUACACAGCGCUUAACUUGAUUGGGCCUCGUUCUAUGGAUGUGCUGUCAGAGUUAUCUUAUGCUCCAAUGACACCUGAUCACUUCCCAUCUAUGUUUUGUAAGGAGAUGAGUGUGGGGUAUGCCAAUGGUAUCCGAGUCAUGAGUAUGACGCACACAGGAGAACCUGGCUUCACCUUAUACAUUCCCAUUGAGUACGCACUACAUGUUUACAAUGAGCUGAUUAGCGUGGGGCAGAAGUACGGCAUUCGGAACGCAGGUUACUACGCCCUGAGAAGCCUACGCAUUGAAAAGUUCUUUGCAUUCUGGGGCCAGGACCUAGACGCUUUUACCACCCCCUUGGAGUGCGGGCGGGAAUUUCGAGUAAAGCUUGACAAGGGAUAUGACUUCAUUGGCCGGGACGCAUUGCUACACCAGCGAGAGGAGGGAGUGUUCAAACGGUUCACAAUGUUCAUUCUUGAAGAUCAUGAUACAGAUCUAGAUCUCUGGCCCUGGUGGGGGGAACCUAUCUACCGCAAUGGAGAACACGUUGGUAAGACCACCAGCAGUGCUUACAGCUACACGCUGGGCAGACAUGUGUGCCUGGGCUUCAUCCACAGCACCAAGCCUAUAAACCCCGACUUCAUCAAUCGAGGAGAGUAUCACAUCGAGAUUGCCGGCCAGAGGUUCCAAGCAAAAGCUAAAUUGUACCCUUUCAGUUCCUUGUUCACCCAGAGGCGCAGGAAGGAAGAUCUGGAGGUGGGAUACUAAGGACAAUGUGGAGAGGAGAGCUAACAGGAGACUUGCGUGUGGACUUGAGAAGAGAAUCUAUGUUCCUUAAAGAAUGACAAGGCGAGUGGGCGGAACACCGCUGAUUAACAGAGAAAUUAGAAAUUCUACUGAUGUACCUGCUCAAUCCUGCCGCAAGACACGGGUACCUGGAAGAAUCAAUCUAUCUCCAGACCACCAAGAACUAGCGCAAACACAGGGUCACAACCUUUGGUUUGAGUUUAGGGGGAGUUGUAGGAAAAGACAGAAGAUUCACCCCAGUGUUUUAGUUCAAACCUGUUGCUUUAAGCACAAGAAUCGGUAAAACAGAAUUCAGUUUCUCAGUUAUAGGUGAUAGACUGCCCCUAUUUUACACCAUGUAACGAUUUUACCAUUAAUGACACCCAACCUUCCUGCAAGCAAUUGGCACAAACACAGCUGGAAAUUAGGGCUUUCAGAGAGGGUUCAUUUAUUUAAAUGCACUUUAUAUUCCCAUUUAGUGGAGGCUCCAAUCAUGUAAUCUGCAGACAGGAAGCAGUGGGCUCCACUUUCUUUCCUACAGAUCAGGCGAUGUUCAGGGGACGGUAAUGGGGCAAUGUGCUGAUGGUGGGCUGUUUGGGGUAACCUUAUAGUAGAGGUGAUUGAUACACUCCUGUUUAUUCUGACUCCCAGUGCAGUAUUACAGCUUUCAGGGCAAUAAGGCAUUUCAAGCAUAGGAGAGAGGUGAGUGCCUUAUUGCCGCUAACCUAUACAACUUAUAACAGGAUUGUUUUAUAUGGUCAUUUUUAUUGUUACUGUAAAUAAAUAGCAAUAAAAUAUGCGUAUAAGCA